AUUUUAUAGCUUAUAUUGACUCUGAAAUUCUGGCAGCACUGCCUAGCACACGUUUUGUUUCAAACACAAGUGACCACAAACACAACAAUGCGAAUUUGAGCAUAUAAUAUUCCAAAAAAUUUUACGAAGUUUGAAAGUUUUCAAUGAAUCAAAUCCUCAAAGCAAAAAUAAGCGCAACACAAUAAAACUACAUAUGGAUAUGUAUGUUCUUUCUAAUCGAACUAGUGCGAACCUCGAGAGCCAGUCGAGAUAUCAAUUUUAAAGAGAGCCCAGCAUCACUAACCAACGAUAUCUGCUGUGUACACAUCGAUAACAUCGAUGUAAACAACUAGCACAGCAGCCAGACAGCUAUCGACAGCAUCGAUACGCGCGAGACGGCGGCAGAAGUCGUUUUGACAGCAGUUCUCCAAUGCGCUUUUGACCGUCCCGAGCUGUUUGCCGGUCGCUGGAGCUAGCCGCAGCCAGUCAUGGACUACAGCUACUACGACGAGGGAUAUGACAUCGACUACACAGAGUUUGGGGAGGACGCUGGCGACGAUAUCGACUACGGAUUUUAUUCUGGCCACAAACAAGAUAACUUAUACAGUGAUGCAAAGCCGGAGGCGAGGGACUUCCUGGUGAUGGAUCGACUGUUGCAGAACAUAGAGGCCUGCGUGCAGCCUUCGCUGCUGCAAGUAGCGAAGUACGUGACACCCAUGCUGGGCUUGUGUCUGGUCGGACGCCUGCUGUGCCUCCUUUAUGCCAGGAAGCGCCGCUUGCCGCCAGCCGGAGUAUCGCAACGCGAUGCGAACAGUAUCAUCGUGGCUCCGUUGCACCUGAUCCACGCCACAACCGGUCUGAUCCUGCUGUACGCCACGCUUGGGCAGCGGUUGGGCGAGCGCGUAGGUCUGCUGCUGAUCCUGAGCGCCCUUGGCUACCUUAUGCUGCAGCUGGUGCGUGUGUAUAGUGGGAGGAGAGCGGCCACCAGCAUAGCCGUGCUCACCGUUGGCAGCCAGUUCCUGUACGAGCUGGCCAUAUGGAGGCAGCGCAGUGACUGGCCCCAGCUGCGGGGCGUUCAGAUGGUGGUCAACAUGAAGCUGAUCUCGCUGGGCUUCGACCUGGCCAGCGGACAGGUGCCUCGAAUGCCAGGACCCCUAGCCUACCUUGGAUACAUUUACAGCCCCGCGACCUGUGCCCUCGGCCCCUGGAUCAGCUAUGGCCGCUACGUGGAGUGCCUUGUAGCACGAGGCAAGUGGCUGACGACGCUGCGACAGCUGGUGCUCAACAUGCUCCUCUGCCUGCUGGCGGUGGCCGUCUCCAACUGCCUGGCCCACGCCCUGGGCGAGAUUGCCAGCGGCUCGCACUUACUCCUGAUGUACACGGAGGCGCUGGGCGUCCGGAGCAGCCACUACUUCGUAAGCUUUAUGGCCCAGGCUCUGCUGGUCAGCUCGGGGCAGACCCUGGACGGAGAAUCUAAGGAUUCCAAGGAGCUGGACGAGAGAAUACUGGGGCCACUGGUGGCGCGGCCCUGGCAGAUCGAGUGGCCCCGCUCGUUGAGCGUCCUUGUGCGCAGCUGGAAUAUCCCUAUGCACGAGUGGCUCAAGCACUAUAUCUACGGAGGCUUCAAGGAGCACAACCUGGGCCACACAUUCUGGGCCGUCCUCUGUACGUAUGUGGUAUCCAGUCUGCUGCACGGUAUGGAUCUGCGCAUCUACAUGGUGCUGCUCUUUCUGGCCAUCUUCGCCGAAAGCGAGCGACUGCUCCGCCGCCACCUGGCCAAACUCUUCGAUGCCUGUCUGGCUGCCGGUCAGUGCAAGGGCCCCGACCACUGCUGCUUCUCCCGCUGCCCGCGACGUCGUGGCUGGACCGACAGCUGGGGCUGGCUGGUGAGGCUCACCAAUCUGAUCUUCACCCUGGUCGCCAUGUUCCACCUGGCCUAUCUGGGCAUCGUGCUGCUCAACGAAACCCUCAACCUGGACGGCAGUCCCGCCGGCGAGCUGGAGUCCUUCGUGUGGCAUUGGUCGGAGGCGGGCUACCUUAGCCACUACAUCGGUUUCGGCAUGUUCCUCCUUUAUCUGUUCAUCUCCUAGGCGGUGGGAUCAGAGCCCCUCCAAAACCCAGAAACGCUUAAGGACUGAUCUACACGUAUUUGAAUUCUGAAUUCGCCAUUCGAAUCUAACCGUACUUUUGUAUGUUUAUCUGUACAUCGUAUUUUUAUCUUGUAGCUACUGUGUGUACUAUAUAUUGUGUGUGAGUACUUAAAAUUAUAAUUAAAUCUGUGAAACGGAUCCGUGUCGGAUGGUCGUGCCGCAAUGUGGGACUAAGAGAACGUGGCAACCGGAGCUAAAAAGCUUAGCGUUUCUAUGUGGAACGUUGCAGUGCAGCCUGGAGAUGCCGAUGUAUAACAGAGCAAUGCGGAAGUUUCCCAUGGCUUAGAGCAGGAUAGAUGAUGGGGCUGCAGAACGAUGGAGAUGUAAUACAAUCAGUAAGAAAAUCGGUGACAGAAAAGCUGACAAAACAAAUAGGAACAUAUUUCCUACAAGCUCUUCGUGAUAUUGUAAAUCGAUCUAGAAUCUAGAAGAAACAUUUUGUUGGGACGUUUCUUGGGCAACCUAGAAACCCCUUGUUUUCCGUAUUUCGAACGAAAUUAUUACUAUAUCAUAUUACUAGUAGAAACAGAUGGGGAACCUCAGCUUAGAUAUAGUAAAUGCGAGUCAUCUAUAAACUAGAUAAUUGAUAAAGUCUUCACCUAUGUGGAUUCUAUAUAUGUCAUAUAAACCUACAUAUGUUAUAUGCGUCUCAACUACGUACAUACAUAUAUGCAUCUAAA